GCGUUAGUUUCCAGGCUUUGUUAGGCUUAGCCACAACAACACGACUUCUAUCAGUUUGUUGGCUGUGUGUCAACAACACCAUGUGAUUUCUCCUGAUUUCCGUCUCCCGCUUUCCAAGAGAAGAAAAACUUUCGAAUGCUCGAAUUGAAUCAAAAUGAAAUAUGGCAGCACAUUACAUUCAUAUGCAUAUUGAGAUAAUACAAUCCAUAUGUCGUUUUUAACAUUUGUUACUCUUUUCAUCUGCCACAGCUGCGCACGAGACAGAAUGGGUGAGCCUCAGACCUACGUGAAGCUCAGCGAGGAGAAACAUAUACCAAAGUCUGACAUCUUGUCACUACUGAGGACCUACAACUGUUAUCAUGAAGGGAAAAACUUCCAGCUGAGGACUCGUGAGGAGGAUGGGGGGCUCAUCCUCGAGGGGUUGCUGAACAUCUACUGGGGCCUACGCCGACCAAUCAGGCUUCAGAUGUACGAUGACAAUGAAAGAUUCCGUCUCAACCGAAACGAUAGGUCUUCUGUGUCAUCGGCGAUGUCUAACAAUAAUUCACUGGGCAGAGAAAUUGGACCAGCGAGUGGUGACAUGGGUGGUCAGGAGGAAGAGGAUUCUCCUCAGCUGCUGAGGACCAGGAGUGACGCUUCCUUCAUGCGGGUUCAGAGGAGGUCAAAGACACACACCGCCAGAGACUUGCAGCGUUUGCGCACACACAGGUUCUCCAUCAACGGACACUUCUACAACCACAAGACAUCUGUAUUUACUCCCGCCUAUGGUUCGGUCACUAAUGUACGAGUAAACAGCUCCAUGACGACUGAACAAGUCCUCAACCUGCUGCUGCACAAGUUUAGGGUGGAGAAUAAUUCUGAAGAGUUUGUCCUUUAUAUGGUGCACGAGUCUGGCGAGAGGACCUGCCUGAGGGAUGGUGAAUACCCACUGGUGGCUCGGGUGCUUUACGGACCCUGUGAGAAGAUUUCCAAGAUCUUCAUCAUGGAGGCCGACCUGGGAGAGGAAGUCACGUAUGAUUCCUCCAUAUGGACACACAAGGAAACAAUGGACCAGUGAUAGACAGUUGGGUUAAAUUUAGCAAGCCGAGGAAAGAUAUCCUGUUUUGGGACUGAUGUAACAAUAGACUAAUUUGACCAACUGUAUGUUGUGACUGCACUGAGCAAUAUAAAUAAAACCAGAUUGUUGCUGGAGAUGUUUUCUGGAUUGUCUAUAAUUGAAUCACUCCCAUACGUAGGCCUAUAUAUAUAUAUAUAUAUCAACUCAUUAACUCAAGUUUAAAUGUCAGAUCAUCUCAAUAACAAAAAAAAAUAAAUCUCAUUUACUUCAAGUGAUAUCUAGAUAUAGUUUUGGUUUUGUGUGUGCAGGAUUUGAAAUAGAAACCUAUUAUUUCUGCCUUGACUUCAA